UAAUUAUACUUGUUCAUUUUUUUUUUAUCGUGCGCAAUUAUCUUUUACAUCAAGAUUAUUUAUCUUCAGAGAGCUACAAUGUGUAUAUGUACGUUCACGAAAGACUUUUUAUUUACCAACGCCGAUGGAAAUUGUAGCUUGUUAGCUAACUAGCUAACAGUUAGGUUAGCUUUAUUUCCACUCGUGGACAUGGCGAGUAGGAAGCUGAGAAGGAGCAGCGUUCCUGCAGAUGUCUGCGAGCGGCUCAGUCGGCACCAUAUAGAAACAUGCCAGGACCUGCUGUCCCUCACAGCCCUGGAGGUCAUGUGUUUGGCUGGACAGAGCUAUGCUCAAGCCUGUCAGCUGCUGCGCUUGGUCAGCCAGAUCUGUGCCCCCAAAAUGACCACGGCUUUGGAGCUGUGGAAGCAGAGGGCUGACCAAUAUUUCCCCACAUCCCUUGCUGCACUUGACCAUUGGCUGCAGGGUGGCUUGGCAUGCGGCACACUAACUGAGAUGACUGGCCCUGCUGGCUGUGGGAAGAGUCAGCUGUGUAUGAUGCUCAGUGUGUUGGCAACACUGCCACGAAGCAUGGGCGGUCUUGAUGGUGGGGUGGUCUACAUAGACACUGAGUCUGCUUUCUCUGCUGAAAGGCUGGUGGAAAUUGCUCAGAAUCGAUUCCCGGACCACUUCUCAGACCGGAAACGAAUUGUGGAAAUGGCUGGGCGAGUCCACCUGUUCCGUGAGCUCACUUGUAGAGAUGUCCUGAAUAGGUUGCAGCACUUAGAGGAAGACAUAAUUUCCUGCCAGGCAAGGCUAGUAAUUCUGGACUCAAUGGCAUCUGUGGUGCGAAAAGAGUUUGAACUGAGUCUCCCAGGGAACCUGGUCCACCGCAGCAACCUGCUGGGCCAGCAGGCCGCUAUGCUCAAAUGUCUGGCCCAGGAGUUCAGCAUCCCGGUCAAGCAUUGCUCAAAUGUCAAAGACCACCUCUGGAAGUCACUGCAAAGGUUCAGAGACUGGUCGAAAGAGUAUGUCAGCGAGGAGGCCCCAGGCUGCAACUCAGAGAAGCACGUAUGGUCUCUGGAGGUACUGCUGACUAAUCAGAUUACCACACAUCUGGGUGAGAGACCAUCGGUGUCUUCCAAGUGGAAUAGUCUGGAAGGGUUUGUGCUGCCUGGAGAUGGGGAUUCUGGGUACGUGACAGCGGCACUGGGGAAUACAUGGAGCCACACUGUCAACACACGUCUCAUUUUGCAGUACCUGGAUUCAUGUCAGAGGCAGAUCAUUGUUGCAAAGUCACCCGUUGCCCCUUUUGCUGUAUUUAACUACAGUGUUCAGAGGGAUGGCAUCCAACUGGAGGGUGACAGUAACCAAGCAGACCCCUCCCAUCAAGGCACAGAUCCAGGGCUCCAGCCCAUCAGGGUGCGAACAGGAUUCAACUGUAACCUGACGCAGGUCUCGCCCACUGGCAGCCACUCUAGGAGCAGCGUUUCCUGAGGAUCGCAGAGCCCACUGUGUUCCUUAUUAAAAAACACAGAAGACACGGGACAGACCACCCUACUUCGGACAAAGGCUCAAUGAAUAACCGGAUGAUAGGCUCCUAAAUACAAUUGGUAGGGUGGCCUGCAUGGUUUUCAGAUGCAAUAUGUUGCUGGUUAUGCGUCACAGAAGACUGUUUGUGGUCAGACACACCUCACCGCAUUGCCCUCCCAGCCUGCGGUCAUGUGCCCAUUGCCCUUAUCGCCACUGUUGUGUACUUGCUGGGCAGGAUGGCAGGCUGUUAGCUCAGUAAACGGCAGCAUUUGUGGAGAAGUGGUUGGCCAGAUAGCACCUGGGCUGUGGCCUUGUCUUUUAUGUACGCUUUAAUCUACACUGUUUACCCAGUCCCUGGGCUUCCCAAAUGGCUGAGUGAUAGCCAAAAAUAUUAGCAAUAACUUCAGAGGGCUGUUGUAUAAUAAAAAGACCUUGUUAACCUGUGGCCUCUACUGCCAUAGGUUCCCAUGCAGGUGAUGAUGUUACUUACCGCAGUGAUAAUGAGCUGUUUGGUCAUUUUGGAGUGAAGGCUGAGGUUUGUGGGACACAACACUUCAACCUAUCACACUGAGUGAUCUCACUGAUGGGAAUGCAGAGCAAAGUUCCUUAGUGUGUCACUUCUUCUACUUCUGUGGUGUCAACCCUGUACACGGUUGGUGCACUAAAUAGACUAGCUGCAGAAAUAUGUUGUGAAAUUAACGGCCAAGAAUUUUAUUCAAGUUGAAAAGAGAUGACUACUUGAGCUUGCGCAGUAUUUCCUGGCAAGGCAAACCACAACCGCUAGAAAAGACUGUCUUUUUUUUUUUUUUUUUUCUUUUCUCCUUGAUCGGGGUCAGUGACUGUUUUUGUCUACACUGUCAUACUGUGCAGGAUUGCACAGAAGCAGUGUGACUGCAGGUCUGAGGUGUGAAAUAAAGGCUCAGGUAACACUUUAGUGCACAUGUCUUUGCGAAUCCCCAGGUAACAAGCCCUCAGGAGGUGGAGAAGGAGAGAGGCAGGGAGCCUGCUGGACAGGUUCUUAUGCAGGAGUUAAUCUUAAUGGAAGGCAUCCAGUGUGAUAUUUUUCAAAACUUGUCAGUUGGCUGAUUAUUUACUGGAUCUUGCACUCCCUUCUUGUUUUUAUUACCUGCCUUGAGAACUGAAGAAAGGGCAUCGGUCUUGGCCUUCUCCAGUGGAGCUCAACCAGCUGUUGCCAUAAGGCCCAGGUCUGAAGGAGGAGAUGAGGAAGUUUGCCUGAUUAUUUGAACAAUGGUUUUAUUUUAGGUACUUCCUCAUUUUUACUGUAUACACAUGUGAAUAGAGGUUGGUUUCUCAGGCUCAGACUGUCAGAACCUAAUUCUAGUUGUGACCCUGAAAGUAAAUUGUGUUUGUCCUAAAGCUUCUUGUACUGCUUUGCCAUUUAUUCAGAUUGCAUUGAUUUUCAUUUAUUUAUUUUUUUUCCUCCCGUUUUGUAUUUGGGAGAUAUCACAUCCC